UCUCCAACGAGGGGAACAAUCACAACCAGCAGGAGAAUGACCGCAGAACCUGGCACUGUCUGAGGUACAUGUAUUCUCUUCUCCGGCGCCAUGGCAAAAUCAAAACGCAUUCGUGCCCCAACUACGUCCAGUCUACCCAAUGAUCUACGCAUACCCAGUAGCACGGCGUCGCUAGUCAAAACAAUCGGAAAGCUAUCUCGACAAUCGCUCCUCGACCUCGUCUCUCUAUGGUUGUCAAAACAGAAUCUCACUCGCUACCCGCCUUUUCUUCACCGAGACUCAUCAGCAAACGACGACGAUCAAGAGAACAGCCCUUAUCCGGCCGCCCACAGCAUCGAAGAUGUCCGCAACGCAUACGAAGAACUACAGGGCCGAAAAGGCGGUAAACGGGAAGUCAUCGAUAGGGUGUUAGAGGGGGACUGGAGGCACGGUAUCACGCUUGGCCAGCUGGCAAUGGUCGAUAUCCGAUAUUUGGAGGAUCAUCCGACGGCUCAGAAAUGGACCGCGUUCCGGCUGGUUUCUGCAGACAAGAAGCCGAAUACAGACCCCAAAUCGACGGAUUUGUCUCCGUGUCUGCCUCGUCUGCAUGCUGUUACGUUCCUGUCGAAUCUACAGCGCGAGAUAUCGCCUCUGGUGAAAGCGCACUAUCAUCUAGCGCGGUCGAAAGCGUAUCCGCUUACUUUGCUUCGGGUUUUUAUCACUGACUCGCCUUAUCAAUACCCGCGUCAGAAUCCCGCGGCGUAUUUGGAUUCGUCAAGGAUUGUAUAUAUUGCAUUUCCAGAUAGCAGUCCGUUUAUAUAUACCUCCAUGUCGGCGACGACGGGGAUAGCAUCUGCCGCAACCAUAGGCACUGAUUCUCGAGCCUUGAGAAGCAUUGUGCGUAAUGCAAUCGCUAGAGCUCUCUCACAGCAACACGAACGUUAUAAUCUAGAACCCACCUCCCUGACUGCCAAGAGUCUAGAUGCACUACUCACCUUGCGCGGUGCAGGGCGAACGAACAUGGCAAACGGCGCCUUUAGCAUCUUCGCUGAUGCCGUCGUCGAAGGCACGCCGAUUGAUCCACGGCCUCCAGCUACGGUGUCAGCCGAGGAAUAUUCGCAGGGCGACGCACUAGCAGAGAAGGGGGAUAUUGCGUCAUUAUCAGAAAUAGAUACGGAGGAGUCAAAGCGGAGAUCGCAUGGUGAAGAUUCACCAGCCACGAAGAAGCGGAAAUUUGUUGUCUCUACACGAUUCGGCACGUCCGGGAGUAUAUCUUCCCCUGCAGCGCUUGACCGAUUAGAUGUCCGACUACUCGAUUAUCAUGAUGAUGACGAUGACGAUAACGCACAGGAUGGAUCUGAAAGGGUCAAGGCGUACAUGGAAAACGGUGAAUACGCCAUGGGCCUUUCAUUUACUGGGAUCAAUGUUGUUUCAGGGCUACGCAAGUUAGCAGAGAUAGGGAUCAUUGAUCCGACCCGAAUGCCAUCGUGGAUGACGGGUGAGGAAGGUGUGAGCUCAAUGGUGGCACGGCGGGGGAAGAGAGUGCGUUCGGACAGAGAACAGAGGACUGCAAGGUAAUCGGAUUAUACUAGCUUAUUGUUUUGCUGGCGUUUGGUGUUAGGUUUUGUGCUGUGGAGAGAUACCCAAUUGUAUUAAUUGUAUUAGGAUGAGAAUUCAAUUGAUAAAGUUUAACA